AUGUACUGCAAGAACAACCAUCCCUCGUAUUCAUGCACACAGUAUUCUACUCCCCAGGAUCGUUCCGCAUACUUGCAUAAGGAACAACUUUGCAUGAUAUGCGCAUCUCCUAAGCAUAGGACGACUGAGUGUAAAGGUCGUCCAUGCUUCAACUGUAAAGGGUUACAUCAUACGUCAUGUUGUUUCAAGAACAACACUGAAUCAAGGCCGUCACAAUAUAAGGGCAAUAACCCAACUAACAUUGCAAGACUACAAGAAAAAGUGAAGGAAAGAAUCAAUAAAGGGUCAUCUAAGAUGGUUCGUUCAAAUGUUAUUGCCACUUCUGACAAUACGACAAGUGAAACAUCAAUUCUGCAGUUACAAACAAUACUCAGUACGAGCACCAAUAGCAAAGAAGAGAAGAGACCAUACUUGCCAACCGGAGAAGUCACCAUAAUGGAUCCUGAGACAAAAUCGUUGUCGAAGGUAGACGUAUUACUGGAUACAGGGGCUGAAAUCUCAUUUGUAGACUCCACGCUUGCUGCAAAACUUCAUUUGCCUGUGAUCGAAGAAAGAAGAAUUAAUCUGCACACGGCACAAUCUUCGGUUCGCAAGAUACCAAAGAACGGAGAUGCAAACUCGUCAGAAUGGAAGUAUGGGAUGAGGAAGGAACUCCUCAUUUAG